CAAAACUUACGUACCUCGUGAGGAACACAAAUUGGACCAUCUGCGGGUUUUAAAUGACUAACGGAAGACCACAGAAAUCGUUUAAAAAGGCGGCAUUGCUCAAAUCUACUGUCUUUGCGUCGCUGUGAAAACACAGCUUCAUCACUUCCGAUGCCUGAGUAGCCUGGCCUGAAAUUGCGGGGUUACUAAGCAAGAUGGCGGAACAGAAGUUGAUGGGUUGUUCGACAAAGCAACUGGAGGAAAAGAGUGAAAAUGAAGGCAACACCACCCAAAAGACCCCGUCGACGGGAGAGAAAAGGAAGCUUCCAGAGAUCUCAUCUCUGUCUCACAAGCUCGCCGAGAAACCCAAAAUCUCGAUGAAUCUGUCCGGAUCACAGCAGAAAAAGACAACUGGAGUUAGUAUAAAACUGGGCUCUGAUCCAAAGAAGCAGAAGACAGAACCAGUAUUGGUGCAAAGAAAAGGGGCUGUCGCAUCUGCAUUUAAUGAUGAGAGUGACGAAGAAGAAGAGAUGCCAGCUGAAGCCAAAAUGAGAAUGAGGAAUUUGGGAAGAGACACACCCACCUCAGCUGGACCCAAUUCUUUCAAUAAGGGGAGUAAAGGAUUUACAGACCAUCGAACUGCAAUGGAGAAGAGUUUUAAACUUGAACAUCCAUCACGGUCCAAAGAAGUGAAACAAUGACACAUCUCAACAUACUGUUGUUAGCUUCCUUACGUAACUGAAAGUAGGUAGCCAGGUGACUUUAUGGACAGUGGAUAGUCACUUAGGCACAGAUUCAUAAAGGUUUUCUCUCAUCUCACUGUCUUAGUAUGUUCACAUGUCUGUAAUUAGCUCUUUGAAGAUGGUUAUUUAAGCUUUCUUUACUUUUUAAAAGAAAUAACUUUUACCAAUCUUAUAUAGGGAUAUGUGAACCAAUUCCCUUUUUCCCUCUAAUAACUUGUAUAGCAUCAAGUUUUGAGAAUUUGAACUUUGACACUAUUCAGGCUCUAAUCUUUAUUCUGAGCCCUUGAUAUAAUUUGGCUUUUUCAGGAAUUUUCAUCUUUAUAAUUUAGUAUAGCUAAACAUAAAAUGAGGCAUUACUGGAAAUUCCAAGGUGAGAGGGAGGAGUUUAAAGCCAAAAGGAGGUACGAAGCUAAACUGGAAUUUUUUAGAGUGGCAGGGACUGGGGUUGAGCACCCAGUCCCCCAAAAACUUUCUGUGGGAGGGUUUUUGGUGAACAUUGGUUGGGAACCAGACAAUGUCAUGGGUUCAACUCCAGCUUGGCAUUAGUGCACAGUUGUCAAACAAUGUUAUUUGAAGAUGAUGUACUGAUGAAAAGAAAGGAAAAAUGAACCACGCAAUAAGAAAAAAGAGAGCUGGCAUGGGUUAUUUCAUGCAAAAAAAUUCGUUUGAAAAAAUUCUUAGCUUACUUUAAUAAACGUAUUAGUGUUCA